AUGGAUCUCAUGGUAGAUAAACAUAAUAAAACUGUUCUUUCAGAACUUCAGCCGGGUGAUAUUGUAGAAUUUAAAAGAGGAAUAUACUCUCAUUACGGAGUAUAUAUUGGGAAUGAAGAAAUAGUUCAUCUAUCUGGAGAAGAUGAAAAUGAUGGCUUGGACGCAUUUGGUGUUGAACACAUCUUUACCAUUAGUGGCCAACUUUUUAACAAGGCUUGGGUGAAAAAAGACAAAUUUCUGGAAGUGGCUGGUAAAAGUAAGGCCUAUAAAGCAAACAAAGACACAAAAAGACAGCCCCUUCCUGCCCAUAAGAUUGUAGAAAAUUCUUUAUCAAAGCUUGGACGUGUUGGAUAUAAUAUAAUAACCCAAAACUGUGAACAUUUUGCUAAUUGGUGCAGAUAUGAAACGGAGAAGAGUGAACAAGUUGAUGGAUUUCUUACUGCUGUGUUCUUAGGAGCAGCUGCUGCAGGUACCCUGGCCGUAGCUUCUCAUUACAUGGGGAAGAAUAAAAGAGAGAAAAAUCAACCUCAGGGAUAUUACCAUCAAUAG